CCACUCCCUUUGUUUCCAUCUUGCAACAGCUAGUCCCGCCUUUCACCACCCCCCUUGUGAAAGGGACUCUGCCUUACGUGCACCCUCGGUCGGAUUCAGUUCCCGUGGACCCAUUUAAACUUUACCGUCAUUUAUUUUCCUCAUAAUUGUUUUUGGGGGGCACUUUGAUCCCUGUUUGGCAAACUUGAAACGGAUUCCACAUCCCGGUUUCCUCCCCGAUCAACGUCAUGUUGCUGCCAUCUUCAUCACUGCUGCUCCUCCUCGGCCUCAUCACCUGGAGUCCCAGUAAGACGUGGGGCGCUAAAGUGAUCGUGGUCCCACCCAUCAUGUUUGAGUCGCACCUCUACAUCUUCAAAACGCUAGCAGCGGCUCUACACGAAGAGGGCCACGAGAGCCAUUUUUUAGUUUCGGAAGGUCGUGAGGUCCCCCCCUCUCCUCACUACCAUUUGCAGCGCUAUCCAGGGAUCUUUAACAUGAGCACAGCUGACAACUUCCUCCAAUCCAAAGUCAGCAACAUCUUCUCAGGCCGCUUGACAUUUCUGGAACUGUUUGAUAUUCUUGACCACUACUCUCAGAACUGUGAUGCUGUUGUUGGCAAUGUAGAAGUAAUGAAUCGCCUAAAGGAAGCUAAGUUUGACCUGCUGCUAGUGGACCCUAAUGAAAUGUGUGGAUUUGUGAUUGCUCACAUUCUGAAUGUGCAAUAUGCUGUGUUCAGCACGGGCCUGUGGUACCCUGCAGAAGUUGGAGCUCCUGCACCUUUAUCAUACGUACCUGAAUUUAACUCGUUGCUGACAGACCGCAUGUCCCUUAUUCAGAGGAUUGCAAACACAGGUGUUUACCUGGUGCAGCGCUUUGGAGUCCAUUUCAUCGUGUUGCCCAAAUAUGACCGGAUUAUGAGGAAGUAUGGAGUAACUCCUCAGGUGGCCAUGGCUGACUUGGUGCAAGGGAGUCGGCUGUGGAUGCUGUGCACUGACAUGGCUCUGGAGUUCCCCAGGCCCACCCUUCCUCAUGUGGUCUACAUAGGAGGCAUCCUCACGAAGCCCCCCAGCCCCCUACCACAGGAUUUUGAGGUGUGGGUGAAUGGCACGACUGAGCACGGUUUUGUGGUUGUGUCGUUUGGAGCUGGAGUCAAGUACCUCUCCCAGGACAUCGCUCACAAACUGGCAGGAGCACUUGCCAGGUUGCCCCAGCGUGUCAUCUGGAGAUUCUCUGGUGUUCCUCCCAGUAACCUUGGCAACAACACUAAGCUCGUUGAUUGGAUGCCUCAAAAUGACUUACUAGGCCACGCUAACACGAGGGCUUUUCUGAGCCACGGGGGCCUGAACAGCAUCUACGAGGCCAUGUAUCAUGGGGUGCCAGUGGUGGGUGUGCCCCUUUUUGGUGACCACUAUGACACGAUGACUCGCGUGGCAGCCAAGGGUAUGGGUAUCAUGCUGCACUGGAAAUACAUGACGGAGGACGAUCUCUUUGCUGCUCUGACGAGCGUCAUCAAAGACACCAGAUAUCGCCAGCAGGCGCGUCUUCUGUCCAACAUCCACAAAGACCAGCCGGGGCAUCCCGUAAACAGAGCUGCUUACUGGAUCAGUUACAUCCUUCGUCAUGAUGGUGCCAACCACCUGCGCUCAGCGGUAUACAGCGUGUCCGUCUACCAGUACUUCCUGCUGGAUGUGAUUGUUACUGUAGCAGCUGCCUUGGCUCUCUCAGCUUUCCUGCUGCGUAGGGUGGUACGAUUGCUUAGGGGACAAACUGAGGACCACAGCUCAGGGAGUGUUACCAGGGAUGAUGGUAGCAUGACCAACGGACAUUGCCAUAGUGGGAGCAUUGCCAACGGAAAACACAAACGCAACGGCUCCUUGAAAAGUGAGAAGAAGCUGAAUUAAUGGUUUAAUGGAGUAUUGAGGAAGAAGUUGCCCUACGGACUCAGCGCAAGUUUCAUCGCUUUAAUGAAAGCUUGAAGAUAAAAGCUGCUUUUAGGUCUGCGUCGAGAGGCAACUGCUCCUCAGAGUGAAGAUAAGGAUGUAGGAGGAAAUUCUAUGCAUCGUGUGGGGACAGAGCAAGGCAAUGGGUGCUCAAAAUCUAUGUGUAAGUGUGUAUGUGUGUGUUUAGAUGAAUGCUUCUGUGUGCAAUGAGGCGAGUUUAACAAAAAAGUUUAAAAAAGCUAUAACUGCAACUACAUUGCGACACUGUAAAGUCUUUGAGGAUGAAAAACAGGGAAAGGCGCAUUAGGGGACGCUGUUUCUAUAAGAGCAUCUUCUCUCCUCCGUGUUCUCCGCUGUCUUCCUGCCACCUUCAUCACCAAGGGAGGGAUGACGAAGGAUCCUGAGCGCCAGCUGUUAAUCCUGAGAAUAAAACAAGACAUCAAACAGCUUUGGAAAUAUUCAGAAUAUAAUGUUUCUAACCAAAAACUCAGUGUAUCUGGUGAACUGUAAAUAGCAGAUAAAUCUAUUUAUUGCUGCUCAAAAACACAUUUUAACGAUGGACCUUUUUAUCAUUAUUUUUAAUUUAUUUCAUACGUCUGAGGUGCGACUGCACUAAAGGGCACGUACACUCCCUUCUCCAAACUCAGAUCUGUACUUCAUGUUAUUGAAUCCAUUAUAGGUCGUUGUAAGUAUGUCUGUCCCAUGGGUCUGUGCUUUCAGCAUUAUCCACAGUGUUUACUGUAGGACUUGGGACUGGAAAUCAGUCUUAAAUCAACACCUUUUCACAUGGUUGUGCCAACUUCUGACUUCCUUUAGAAGUGCAGCACAUUAACUGUCUUGGCUGUUUUUGUGGUUUAGAAUACCGCUGCUGUUUGGCAUCUCUGUGUGAAAAGGACAAUAAUUCAAACCACUUAGGAUACUGUUGAUAGGCAGAGCCAGAUGGGAGGUGUGUUCAGGUCCGUCUAGUCAGGUGAUCGAGUGGGAGCGUUUUGUUGGUUGUUGCCGCAGUUUUACCGCUUAAUUCUGCGUCCCUUAUUUAUUACAGUAGUAAACAUUUAGAUCUUGAUUGCCAUUUUUAGAGCUACUUUGACUCCUUUCAUUCUUUCCUGAUUUUGUUAUUUGUCACAAAAUUCCGCAACAGCUGCAGCUGCUUGCUCUAAACGAGUCUGUUCAGGUGUUUCUCUCCUGUAAGCGUGCAACAUUUUGCCAUUGGACCCCAUGUGAAAACUGGCACUUAUUUUAUUUGUACGAAUUCUGAAUAUGCAUGAAUCAUAUGAGCAGUGCGGCCUUUUGUAAAGCACAUGAGAGCGUAUGCUGCAUGGCUGAUUACAGGUGUGCUUGUUGUUUUCAGUGCCUGAGUGUUUUAGAGCAUCAGAGUGAAUGGCUGAGAUGAUGUACUGUUUUAGCCCACUGACACUUAUCUAAGGAUAAUUAGGUAUUGAAUUCCCAAAACAUGCAAAAAAUAUAUAUAUAUAUAAUAAUAAUUCUCAAAACACAGUUUGUUCUCAGUGAUUUUCUUUCUCUUUUUUAUUUUUAUCUAUUUUUUUGCUUUAAGACUCGAUGUCUUAACUUGAAUGCAAGUUAUGAAUAAAUGUGAGAAAAGUAAGAAUACGUUUAAACCUGCUUGCUGGCUCAAUACUCUGUCAGCCUGGAGGUUUUAUGGCAAUGAAGACCUUAUGAAUUUAUAUCCAUCCAUCCAAAUUCUGAACCCGCUUGUCCAUGUAGGGUCGUGGGUGGGGGGCUAUCUCCAGCGGUCAAUGGGCAAUCAGGCGGGGUACACCCUGGACAGAGGGCCUGUCCAUCGCAGCUUAUGAAUUUAUAUUUCAGGGAGAAAUAAUGUGGCAACUCUACGCCACACUGCAGUUUUUGUCAGUAGUUUCCAGAACAAACUAAACAUUUCCUUAGUAAAGUUAAAAAAAAGGGCUUCUGGGAAGUGUGAUUAUGUAUAAAGGUUAUAAAUAAAUACUCUUACCCAAUGUAGAUGGCUUAUUGGACAUCCUCUGUUAAAAGACGUGACUUUUUAGGACAGAACUGUUAGACCAAGCACAGCCAGACCUAAUGUAUAUAGCUGGCAUCGUGAAGGGGAACUAGGCAGUUUAUUGCUUGCUUUUUGCACCCCCUAGUGUCCAUUUGUAGAACCAAAACCAAAACCCAUCUUCUUGCUGAGCGUUUGUCUUUUUAACACCAUAAUCUAACAGCUGAAAUGUCUCCCCAGCCUUCCUUGGUGUCUACAGGAGUAGCGCCACUAAAUUAAACAAAUCAGCUGUGUUCAUGAUCUAAAACAUGCAGGAAAUGCGCUGGAGCCAGAGUGGCCUUUAAGCCUGUAAAGGGUCAUUUUAGCACAUACUGCAAAUUAUCCCUUUAAAACAAAAGUGGUUCUUAUAAUGGUAAUGUAUUUACAUUUACGUUAAUGAUCUUGUUGCAUCACACAAAUGUCACCAGUAGCAAGCAGCACAACGUAGCAAUUCUGGUUCAUGGGAUCCAAAGAGCUAUCCUUUGACUUUUACACAAAACACACUACACAAAACAACUGUUUACCAACUAAAUAACCUCUAUCGCAGGUGAAUUUAGAGAGAAAUGUUCACUUAAACAAAGAAAGAACGGGUCAUGUAAACAUCUUUCUUUCUAUCUCUGUGAGCUGCAGUUGCACCUGCACAACACAACCCAGCCCCACUGACGCAAAGGAGAGAAUUUUAUACUUGAAUCAGCAUCAUGAAUAAUCGUCAAAAACAACUGUUGGGCUAGUGGUUUGAUCUUCAGGUGCUACACAAGCUAUGAACGGAGUCGGAAGCAUACAAAUGUUUGUGGAAAAAAAAACAAUUUUUAGUUUAGCAGUAUUAAUGUUGUAGUCCACUCCGGUAAAAUAAAAACCAUUUUUCAGUCUCUUAACGGUUAAGUUCAUAUUUUGCAUUCCGACCUGUCUCUAGUCCCAUCAUGUUUGUAUGUCACCAGUUUCGAAAAGCGUAUCUGUUCGUUCUCUUGCUAGUUCCUUUGACCCUCAUGUAUUAGUUCUCUAGCCAGUUUGUUUCUUUUUCUGUGAUUUAGAAGAACUCUAAAUGUUCUCACCUCUGCUGUCACGAGUGUCUAUGUUGUAAAUAGAAUGUGUAAACAAUACUAAUGCUGAAUAAAAGUGGCACAUUUUGUUUGCA